ACUUUGCACUUGACGAUUGACAGUCGAACGACAUUCAAAAUGAUUGGAUUUCAAGAAAACUCGUUUUCGAAAAGCUUCCAAGAUGACUUUUAUAGAAGAGCUUCAACAGGUACCCUUAGUAAAUCUGGAAAGGCUAAAAAUUUUCCAAAAAAAGACAUUUGUUUAUUGGGAGAUGUGACGGUUGGAAAGUCUUUUAUCUUCGAAAAAUUCACUGGAAAAAAGGGUGACUCUGAUAUAAAUGCAGCGGAAACUCAAAUGACUUUAACUUACAGUGAGCACGGUAACAUUCAUUGGAAAUAUUUAGCAGCAAAGUUUUGGGACAUAAAACCAUAUCCAUACGAAGCUAUUUUGAAAGACAAAAUAUCAAACUGUCACCUAAUUAUUAUUGUCUAUUCAAGUCAAAAUAGAGAAAGUUUAGAAAGUAUUGAAAACUACUGGAUUCCAGCAUACCUAUCAGAAAAAAUACCAAAGAUAUUUAUCCGCAACACGAGGUACAUAAUAUCAUAGCUAAUAAACUUUAUAACUAAAUCAAUAUGAUUUUUAAAUCAGAAAUAGGCUAAAGCCCCAUGUGUCAGAACAACAAGGAAAAUCUUUAGCAAAGAAGUAUAAUGCAUUACAUUUGGAGUUCUUCAACGACGAAGAAACGAUCCAGAAUUGUUUAAGAGAAAUCGGAAUAUUUGCUCUAUGCUCCAAAAAACGUGAGAAGUCAUCUUCAUGCUGCUUAAUGUAAAUUGAAAGAUCUAACUAUAUAUAUGUGUAAUAAAUUAUUAAAUUAUUCCUGUAUGUGCGAAGUAACCUGAUUGUUUAUGUUGAAGUUUAAAGUUUGAAUUUUAUUUCUAUUUUUAGUUUAAGCAUUGGAAAAUUCAAGAAUUAACAAAAAGUAUAUAAUAAUUACAUAACCAUGUUAAAUCUUGUGCAAUUAACAUUAGUCACUUGAAUUUUUCAAUUUGAAAUAGGAAUAAAGUAAACUAUAUUUAAUACCUUAAUUAAAUUAUUUAUCAAUAAAGAAGUUAAAAUUAGCUCUAACAAAAUUUAUUAGGCGUAUAUCUGUACAUGUAAAAUGAUACCUUAUUUAUAUUAUUAAAGAUUAUUUAUUCUCGCUUACACGGUUCAAUAUUUUUAUACCUUUUAAUCAUAACCAUUGUUAU